UCUUGGCAGGCCCACAUUGCCCAGAUGGUCAGAGUGAGGAAGAAGAAGGUCCUGGUGGUCGUACUGUGUCUGUGUGCUUUGGGUAUGGUCUCUAUAUCCAAAUGGAAUAAGACGUCCUUGUAUCUGGAAAAGUGGCUUGAGUUGAAGUCAUGCAACUGCCAGAAAUGUUUGAAUGACACCAACAAGGACAUUCAAGAACUUUUGGCCGCGUCGCCCAAGCCCUUCUUGUCCAAGGGCGACACAAUCUCUGAGUCAGAUUUUUACCGGUGGAGGCGUUUGAAGGGGGAUAAGCAUUCCUUCGAUUUCUUCAAGACAAGUGUCGAACAACUCUUCACCGUCUUUCCAGCCGUGCCCAAACUAGAGGAGCAGUCGCCUUACCGCUGCAGGAAGUGCGCGGUGGUGGGCAAUUCUGGCAACCUCAAUGGUUCACGCUACGGAGAACUGAUUGAUGACCACAAUAUCGUGAUCAGAAUGAACAGAGGGCGCACCAAAGGCCACGAGACAGACGUGGGCAGCAAGACGACUCAUCACGCCAUGUAUCCUGAGAGCGCCCCACAUUUGGACAACACCACACAUCUUGUCUUCAUACCAUUUAGUGUCCGGGACAUCCUGUGGCUGCUCAGUACCUUUACUCCCAGAGAAAACGGUCAGGACAACCCAGCAAAGCGAGGCAACAAGGACUUGGUGAUGAUCGUCAACCCCGCUAUGAUAAUCUACGCCGAUCAAGUCUGGAUGAAGAACAAAGGCUACUACCCGUCCACCGGAUUCAUUGUCUUUGUUCUCAGUUUGCAGAUGUGUGAUGAGGUGAGUGUUUUUGGGUAUGGAGCAGACGCAGAUGGAAACUGGUCCCAUUAUUUUGAAAUCCUACGGAACAAAGAUCUGAGAACUGGACUUCACCCUGGCGUGCAUGAGUAUGAAAUGAUGCAAGAGUUGCACCGCAAUCACGUCAUUCGUUUUUAUAAAGGAGUCUAAUGUUUGUCUAAUAUUAAUCAUCUUUUUUUCUUUACGUACGUCAGCUGCUUUUUGAAGCACUUGCUUAUUUCGACGCAAUUUUCAUCAUUUCACUUUCUAGCCACAAUUCAGUAUUGUUGUGCUCUCAUUUGUCCCAGGUAACAAAAUAUUAGCUUUUGAAUCAAUGUCUUUCAUUGUUUAUGUCGCAAGCCAUGUGAUACAAAUUAUUUCUGCCACACUCGAUUGGCUUCUGGAUGCCUCGUUUACACUAAUGACGUACAUUAAAACAUGGACUCUUACUUUUUAAUAGGAAGGAAAAAUCAUUGUCAUAUAUCAGAGGCGUUCAAAGUGUGGCCCGCAGCUCGUUUUCUUUGUGGCACAUUUUGAAAAUACUAGUAGGAAAAAAAAAACACGAAAAAGUGGAAUAAAAGAGCAUACAGGUGAAAUGUACUGUAAAAAAGUUACAAUGCUGACUCUAAUAACACAAAACUACAAUGCAGGCUGAUUUUUUUUCUUUGAAACGGUCAU